AUGACAAGAGUCUCUCCAAGAACACUUGGCCAGCACUAUUUUUACCUAAACCUCCUCGGCCCGGUGCAACUACUCACUGCUAUGACUGUCGCUGGCAUGUGUGCAACUAUCUUGGCCAAGAUCCCUGAUGGGAUCCUUCUUCCCAUCGCAGCAUACUCUCUCGUGCAUUCAGUGCUGCAUUUCCAUUGGAUUCGGCCCACGAUGCACUGUGCCACCAGUCCUGGACCGACCAACUGGUUCAUCAUACGUUUGACAUACUACACACUCGGCUGGAUUGUAGUGUCUAUCCUCAUGUUCUUUCUACUUGGGACAGAACGGUCGGACACCUUCGACGCUCGCCUCGCCAAGCGGCGUGGCGCAAGUCCCACGCCCUUUUCAAGUACGGCACUGCCAACUACUGAAGAGCUCCUUCGCCAAUUGACGGCGGCCAGCGGCGCGCUCGGGGUCUUUGCACUGUAA